AUGAAGUCAAAAUUUCCAAAUCUGGAGAAAGGGAAACAUCAGAGGAAAGAUUCCAAACCCAAGAAGAAAAGUUUGAUGGCUACAUGGGAUGAUUAUGAUGAAUCCUCUGAUGAUGAAGAGCAAGCAAAUUUGGAUCUGAUGAAGAAAUUGAGAAUUAUGGCUGAAGGAUCUAGGAGGAAUCUUGCCCCUGAAGAUAUGCCUUGUACUAACCGACAAAAAGUGGCAUUUGCUGCGCAUCUACUAAAGGGUGGGGCAGAGUAUUGGUGGAUGAGUGCAAAGACUUAUCUUCAGACUCAAGGAACCCAUAUGAAUUGGGAACAAUUUGAGGUGGCCUAUUUAGACAAGUAUUAUCCAAAAAUUGCCAGAAGACAAAAAGAGUUGGAGUUUGUCCACCUGCAACAAGGAGACAUGUCUAUUGUAGAGUAUGUUGCUAAGUUUGAAGAAUUGGCGAGAUUUUCUCCACAUGCCCAAUAUGCACCCAUAGAGGAAUGGAAGAUAAACCAGUUUGAAUGGGGAUUUAGGCAUGAAAUCAGAGGGAACAUUGGCCAUAUGGAACUUACUAACUAUUCUACUAUUGUACACAAGAGCUACAUUGCUGAAGACAAUUUAAAGAAAGUAAAGACUCCCCAAGGAAAGGGAAAACAAGUACAAACCUCCAGUUCCCCAAGAGCAAAGAAGUGUCUUAAGUGUGGCAGAGAUCAUGGGGGAGAGUGCUUGGUUGGAAAACAAGUCUGCUACUACUGCAAACAGCCUGGUCAUAUGGCUCCUUUCUGUCCAAUACGCCAAAAACAAGCAAAGUCCAACCCCAACAAGUCUAACACUGGAAGGGUCUUUGCUCUCAAUGCAAAGAGAGGUAUGAAUCAUAAUCUAAUAACUGGCAUUGGAUUCAUAAAUGAAAUUCCUUUAAUUGUCAUGUUUGACAUUGGUGCAUCCCAUUCUUUCAUCUCUUCUGAUUUUGUUUUGCAACAUAAUCUCCCUGUACUUGAAAUGCCUUUUCCCUUAGUUGUAAGCACUGCAUCUAAGAAUUCAAUAGAGACCUCCUUAGUAUGUCACCAGUGUCCAAUCACCUUGAAAGUCAUAAUUCCUCCAGAAGUUUCCCAACUAGAGGAAACCAAAUACCCUUCCUUGACCAACAGUUUUGUACUCUUCCAAUGUCUGAUCAAUGGGGUUCAAGGCGUACUAUUAUUACUAUCCUCUAUCUCAGGGUCUGAAAUGGACUUGUCCAAUAUUCCUGUAGUCAGUGAGUUUGAGGAUGUCUUUCCAGAAGAUGUGACAUCAUUGCCUCUUGAAAGAGAAAUAGAAUCCUCAAUAGACUUGGUCCCUAGAACAGGACCAAUUUCCAUUGCCCCUUACAGGAUGUCCCCAUUAGAAUUGAAUGAGUUGAAAAACCAAUUAGAGGACCUUAUAACCAAGCAGUUUAUCAGACCAAGUGUGUCUCCUUGGGGAGCCCCUGUGCUCUUGGUAACGAAGAAGGAUGGCAGCAUGAGGUUAUGCAUAGAUUAUAGAAAAUUAAAUAAAGUGACCAUCAAGAAUAAAUACCCUAUGCCCAGAAUUGAUGACCUUUUAGACCACUUAGGGGGAGCUACUGUGUUCUCCAAAAUUGACUGGAGGUCAAGGUACCAUCAAAUCAGAAUAAAAUUAGAUGAUGUACCAAAAACAGCCUUUAGAACUAGGUAUGGGCACUAUGAAUUUUUGGUUAUGCCUUUUGGUGUAACUAAUGCUCCAACUGUGUUCAUGGAUUACAUGAAUAGAAUUUUUAGGCCAUACUUAGAUAAGUUUGUGAUAGUAUUUAUAGAUGACAUACUAAUAUACUCUAAGACUCCAUAA